GCGCCGACGUGGUCUUUAGGCGCCAGUGACCACCCAGGAAGAUGGCGGAACAGAGUUCCAAAUCCGUACUAUGCGUGUGUCUAGGUAACAUUUGCCGGUCACCCAUCGCAGAAGCAGUUUUCAGAAAACUUGUAGCUGACCAAAAUGUUUCGGAUAAUUGGGCCAUUGACAGUGGGGCUGUUUCCGACUGGAACGUGGGUCGUGCCCCAGAUCCAAGAGCUAUGAGCUGCCUAAGAAAUCAUGACAUUAGCACAACCCAUAAGGCAAGACAGGUCACCAAAGAAGACUUUGCUACAUUCGACUACAUGCUGUGUAUGGAUGAAAGCAAUCUGAGAGAUUUGAAUAGAAAAAGUAAUCAAGUUAAAAACUGCAAAGCUAAAAUUGAACUACUUGGGAGCUAUGAUCCACAAAAACAACUCAUUAUUGAAGAUCCCUAUUAUGGAAACGACUCCAACUUCGAGCUGGUGUAUCAGCAGUGCCUCCGGUGUUGCAAGGCCUUCCUAGAGAAGGCCCACUAGGUUAGCACUGCCCACAGCCAAGCCAACAACUCGCCCACUAGUCCUGUGCCUAAGUGAAGAAGCUUUCCUUAGCCCCAGCCCCUGUUGUUU